AUGCAGAAGAGGCAGAGCCCUCAUAGGGAGGUACCUGUGUCUCAAUCUGAUUCUGGUGAAACGUCUUCCCUUGUUUUACUGAAGAAUGAAUCAGAAACCUUGCAGCAAAAUCCGAACUCUGCUGGUGCAAGCCCUGAUUCAGGGGGGAGUAAAGUUGAUAUUGUAUCAGCAGAUUUGAAUCAGGAGAUGAACCCCGGUGAUGAAGAGCCGACAAAGGUUUGUGGCAGUAUAAGUGCAGCUGAGAGCCAGAGCUAUGCAACAAAAUCAAGUAAAACUUCUGUACUACCUGAAAAUCCCCCAUGUGCUGAUGCUACUGUUGCCUCUUCAGUGCCAAAUGAGAAUGCGGUUCCUGAGAAUGGAAAUUGUGAGCAGUUAAAUCAAGUGCCCAUGGUGCCAAAGAAAGAGUUGGAUGGGCAGAAUGUUACUCCUGAAGCUGGAGGAUGCUCUCCAGUGUCUUGUGAGAUACAGACCUCUGAAACUGGGAUUCAGUUGUCACAGUUCAACCAAGUUUCUAUCAUCACAAAAGUGGACCCAGACAAUUCAGAGCCUGGUCAAAAUCCUGAUAGCAGAAGAUAUUCAUCCCCACCAUGUGGGGAGGGAAAAUCUGAGUUAAUAGAGCAUGCGAACUCGUUGGUGCAUGUACACUGUAACAAUGCACCUGUUCCGACAUCUUCAUCUGAUCAAGAGAACAUGAGUUAUUCUAGAAGACCUGAGAAAACUGUGUAUAAAUUGCAGCCUAGACGAAAUCCUGAUUCUGGCGUCCAAUCUUUACAACCGGAACAAGAAAUCUCCACUUUGAGAUUACGGGAAAAAGCAUUGGAUGAUGGAUACAAUUGGCGGAAAUAUGGACAGAAGCUUGUGAAAGGGAAUGCUUUUGUUAGAAGCUAUUACAAAUGUACCUUUCCCAAUUGUCGAGCAAAAAAGCAGGUCGAGAGAUGCCAUGAUGGGCGUCUUACAGAUAUUAAGUACAUUGGGCGACAUGAACAUCCUACACCUCAUAGUCCCCAAAUCUCUGCAGUUUCCACUCCUCUUCAAGUUUGCAAAGUGGAUAUGGCAAUUGCUGCAUCAGAAGAAAUUUCUCAACCUAGUGAGGCAGCACUAACUCAAAGGGAGUUGGCCACUCCAGAAAAUAGUGAUAAGGCAGUAUCUUCAAUCUCACCGUUGCAUAAUUCCACAGUUUAUGGUGAUGAUAGCAGCAGUUCCAGCCUCAAGAGACAAAAAACAGAAACUUCUGGUGUUGAUGACACUCAAGUGAAGAAGACUUAUUGUGAAUCACGACAAGUUGUCCAGAUGACUAGUGAGGUUGACCUAGUGAACGAUGGCUACAGAUGGCGAAAAUAUGGCCAGAAAUUAGUGAAAGGAAAUCCAAAUCCUAGGAGUUAUUACAGGUGCUCAAAUGCUGGUUGCUCCGUGAAGAAACACGUCGAAAGGGCGGCUUUUGGCCAAAUUACACCCCAAAGUGGUAGUAAUGGAGCAACAACCAGGAACAGUGAAAGUAGAACCGAUCUUGGGGAACAAAACACUGUUGGCAUGGAGAUGACUGUACAUAUCGGUGCAACUUGA